GGAGAUGGAAAAUUUCGCCUGCGGAGGAGUUUUGCAGUUAGUGGUGUUAUAGAGUACCAUUCUCUGGCCAUAUCGUCAAAACGAAGAAGAAGAGGAGUUUUGCUUUUUCUGUUGGCAAAACUGACGCGUCGGCCACAGAAGUGCCGGGAACGAGCCGCGGAAAAAAAUAAGCCAUUCGUAGUGGCAUUGUGAAAAGGCCAGCCAACAGCCCGUAUUUCUCGACAGGGCUAUCAAGACAGCCUCCCAGGGAUCGAGAAAAUCCCCGACGGGACAAGCGCCAAAAGGAACCUCACGGAGACAGGCAGUGCUACCAAGCUAGUCACCCGGGGCUAAAGAAGUUCCCCGACGGGAGAAGGGCAAAUAGGAGCCAUCUGGUAAAAGACAGGCUAACCCGUUGUGCAUCCAGGGCUCGAGCAAAUUCCCCGAGGGGAAAAGGGCUAGUGAGCAGCACACCGAGAAAAAACAAGGCAACCACCCGUGCUACCCAGGGCGCGAGCAAAUUUCCCGGAAGGAAAAGUGCCAAAAAACAUCAUCUGAUAAAAGAUAGCAGUCACACGUUAGCUACCCAGGGCAAGCAAAUUUCCUGAGGGAAAAAGUGCCGAAAAGCACCACGCGCUAGGAGGCUCUGGCGACGAUAAUCAGGCCAGCAAAAUACAAGGCACUCCGCGUAGCAACAUCCAAAAGGGGUCGGAAGACCCCCUUUUUCGACACCUUGUGGACAUUUUUUGGCACCUUUUUGGACGCCUCUUUGGCACAUUUUUUGGCACUUGUUGAACAAUUUUCGACACUCUUUGGACACUUUUGUUGACACCUUUUGGCACCCUCUGGUGACACUUCGGCUCCGGGUUCAGCACUUGGUGCACCAUCCUCUUCGCCAGUCGGGGGAGCGUUUUUUUGGCCAGAAAGCCACCGCCGGAAAACCUCAAGUUUUUGCCGCCUAUUGCAGUUUUGCUCGCGGUGCUCAUUGCACACAAGGCGCCGAGAAGCGCCAAGGUUCCCCAAGGGAAGGUACGCGCAAGGGGAGCGAGUGGCGUCGAGGGAUCGGCGGAAACAGCGGAAGGCGUUCCCGGUUGCAACCGGGGGAAAAAAUCCUUGGUCAUCGGAUGACAACAAAGAAGCGGCAUUUAUUCCGGAGAACCACCGGAUCAACAGGAUCCAGCAGGAGGAACUGCGGGUUCAGCGGCCCAAGCCGGAACGCGCAGGGUCGCGUGUCAGCGAACCACGGGUUGCGCAAACUGGUCAUCGGUACGGCAUCGGACUGCCUUCAGAUGGCAGGGCAUUCGGAGAUGUGCUCCGAGAAAAGGUUCCCGGAAGUCGGGUCAGCAGCAUGCGGAAAGGAAACAAUGUAAGUCGCUCUUGAAACUUUAUAUUUUGAGGGAAAUAAAAUGGGUUUUCCGAAUUUAGCAACACAUUAAUGUUGCCAUCAUAAUUAUGUUUGCGUUUGUAUUCUUUGUGGCAUCAAAGCCAUUAUUAUCCCGUCACAAAUGGCGCCCAACUAAAUCGAACCUUGUUAUGUUUUGAUUGUUCGAUGAAUUUACUAUGAGCUAGUCACAAAUAUUGUAAUUAUUUUGUGGAUAUGCUUAUGAUUAUUAUCAUUAAUUAAUAAUCAUUAUUAUUAUUCGUUGAUUAUUAUUAUUAUUGCUCUCUUUUUGAAAAACAUCGUAUCGUUCGUCGUCAAAUUUCGUUUAGUAACACACUUUUACUGGUGUUUUGAUCCAUUAUUAUGAAUUCUCGAAUAGAAUUACUGCACCUCAAUGACGAGGAAAUAUCAUAUGAAUUGGCCUUGCGCCAUGCAACAAACCUAGCCCCUGGCACCAGACGUGCCAAGGUGGUCAAAUUAAAGGCACUGGUCCAAGAGGACAUUUUAAGAGAAACCAAUUACGUUAGUUCUGAAUACGCGAUGUCUCCGGAAUCAAAUAUUGAAGCCUGUCAGAUGGCACUUCAGGAAUUAAAAAAUCUUGUAGAUUCGGCAAUACUGAAUGGCAACUCGGAGCAAAUGGCUUGCGCUCGGUCGAGGCUGCUACAUUACCGGCAACGUUUGUCAAUAAUACCUCCGGUCUCUUCGGUGAAGGAAGCGCGGAAGAUUUUAAGCGAUUUGGUCGAGAUGUUGAUUUCCGAAAUCAGCAGCGCUGUCAACAAAGUGGUGCGCAGUGAUUCGGGAAAUUUAAGUGGUAGAUUAAGUGAGCCUAGCAGUGAAAUAGCGGAAGGCAGAGAUGAAGACGACAAUCCUGGCUGGGGUCAAGCGAUUCCAAAUCGACGAAGAGGUGCUACAGGUCAACAAAAUCCAGCACGAGAGCAGGUCGAAGGGUUAGCUGGAAGGCAGCAAGUGCAGGAGGACGUCCGGAGUCCAACGAACUUCAACAUUGAAGCGGAAGGGUGUUCAAGGUCCGUAGACGUUAUCGACGAGCUGCGUGUGGAUCUUCAACAUCGGCAGAGGAGGCAGCGAAAUUUGGGUGGCAGUUCUCCACACUCCAGCCGAAGCUUCGGACACGAGGAGCAGCGGAUGGUGAAGGCGAUUCACAACUGGCCAUUCAAGUUUCGGGGUGAAAAGGACACAACUUCACUCAACAUUUUCCUCGACAGGGUCGAGACGUUCGCCAGAUCCGAAGGGCUCAGCGAUCGAACCAUUCUUGCUUCAGUAAAGCAUCUUCUGUUGGAGGACGCACUUGAUUGGUAUUCCAGGGCGUUAGCCCAAGGUCUUCUUCUUUCGUGGUCAGCAUUCAAGCGAGAGAUUCGUCGUGAGUUCUUGCCGAGUGGAUAUGCACAAAUACUGCGACAAGAAGCCAGUUUUCGAUAUCAAGGUCCCGAUGAACCCUUUGGCAAAUUCUACCGUGACAUUUCAACAUUAUUUCGUUUCAUCGAGCCGCCACUCACCGAGGAGGAAAUGAUGUUCAUGGUGAAGAAGAACAUGAACAUGGAGUACGCUACCAUCGUUACAGCACGGCAACCGAGAACACUGGUGGAGUUAUUGGAUGUAUGCAGCAACUUCGAUGAGACCAGGCUGUUGUUAAGCAGACAGCGCAGGAUUCCAAUACCCCAUACAGCUCUUUUGGAACCAAACUUCGCUACACCGGCGCCGGGUCGUGCACAAGCGACGCAGCAUCAACAGCAGCGUUUCAGCAGGGUUCAUGCAGUGGAAACCGAUAAUCAAGAAAGAGUGGUAACGGAGCAACCGACUACGUCUUAUCAACAGGCAGAGGAGCACACGACUCCACAAGACUUCGUCGAUUGGCAGGAGAAAUACGAACAGUUGUACGAGCAAGUUUGUGCCAUGAAGCUUCAACUGGAGCGCAGACCGAAUCGUUUCAACACAGGGCUACAGCAGCAAAACUCUCCACAGCGUCAGGAACAGCGUUUGCAACCGCCUACAACUUCGACAGGUCAGUACAAUUUUUCGAAUCGGCAAGGCAGUCAAGCGGAGAACUAUCGAAUACAACAUCCGUUGCAACAACAAGCUAAAUGGGCGCCGCGGCAGCAGCAGCUUCAACAGCAGCAGCCUCAACGGCAAUUUCAACAGCACAACCAACCGCAGCUCCAGAACCAGCAGCUUCAGCAAGCAGCUAGCAACAUGUACGAUCUAGAUCCUGUUCAGCAUACAGCGUACCGUCCAGCGCUUUGCUGGAACUGCGAUGAGGAGGGGCAUAGGUUUCCGGAUUGCACGAAGGCACAGGCAAUUCUCUUUUGCUACAGAUGCGGUCGAAAAGGUUACACGUUACGCAGCUGUCGUGUUUGUAACAGCGAAGCGGAAAACGCUGCAGCGAGGAAGUGGUAGAUGAAGGG